CUCAAUUAACCUCACUCACCAAAACAAAUCCCAACCUCACUAUGUUAGUAAGUUGGUAAAUGUUGUUUCAAUUAGUUUGAAGAAAUAUGGUAGAUUAGUCUCUUAAAACCCUCCAAAAGAAGCUCGUUUAGCCAUCCGAAAUCUCCUCUUUGCUACCCAUUUUUGCAUAUCUUUCAUCCCUUUUUUAGCAGACUGCUUUGAAGAGAGUAUGAUUGCUCUUCUUGAAGAUCCAAUACUAUUGUCAAUGUUUUAAGUGAGUUUUGAUUCAUUUAUAUAUGUUUCUACUGUAUUCGGAGCUCAACGGAGAUUUUAGGUAAAUUUCCUUAGUUUUUACUUUAAUUUUGUACCUCACGAAGCCAAUUCUGAUUCAGAAUAUGGGAAGUGGUCAUGAAUUUAAUGAAGAAGGGGAAGGAAGCAGCAAGCACUAUUUGACAGAUUAUGAAGUUAAUUUGAACGAAAUUAAACCAUUGUCAAGCCAUGGAAGUUCAGACUCUUAUUCCUCAUCAGGAUCAGGUUCAUCUCAGGACCUUUUUGAUUUCCUUGGAAACAAUGGCUCCAAUGAUGAUCAUACCGGGAAAUCCGAACUCAAAUCACCAAAAAAGGUUCGUGUUUCGUUUGCGAGUUCAACCGAUAAGCAAGAAAAGCAAGUCUACGUACCGAAUAGGAUACCGUCUUCGGUUUUCAGUGAGAAGCCUGCAACGCCCAUGGAUUGGAGUACUGCUUCAAAUGAAUCAUUGUUCAGCAUUCAUGUGGGAAAUGGCAGCUUCUCAAAGGAUCAGUUCUUUAUGUUAUACAAGUCUGGAGAAUUGACCAAGUUAGACGAGCAAAUCAUUGCUCAAAAGAACGUGUUACCGUCUCUGAAAGAGUUGGAUGAUAUGGCUGCAAUGGAUGAAAAUACAGCCAAAGAUUCAGGAAAUGAAGCUACAGUGGCCAAAACCAAUGAAGUUGCAGAAGACCAUAGCCAUAGCGAGCCGAAGAUGACUGAGGCUGAGGUUCAAAGUUCAGUUGACAAUUCUCCGAUUGUGGAUCAUAGUGCAGCUGUUGGCAAUCUUAGCCUGAAAAAGAAACCUACCGCAGAAGUGAAAAAUUUGCCUAUGAAUUGCAUGUCCAGCCUUUCUGAGGACAGCAAUAUCAGCAUUUCCUUUACCUUCCCUGUGUUGACAGCCACUGAUGGUGGAAGAUUGAGCUCCGUUUAUGCUGACCAAAACAUUAAGGGAUCACAUCAGCAGCAGCAACCACUGCCCCAGCAGCCGCUGGACGAGGAGAAGAAGGAAUUUACAGAGGAAAAGGAGGCACAAAGCCCGGUUUCACCCCAAAAUGGUUCGAGUCGAAGUUGGUUUUCCUGGUUUUCUUGCUGCCGAUGUUCUUGAACUUUCCACACUGUUUUUUGUCUAUGAAAUUUGACCAGUUUCCUGUCGCAGCAAGUGGAGGCAAAUUUCUAUUUAAGAAUGUUGAUCUAGUUUUAUACAGUUUCUUGGUGUAAUAUAAUGUGAAUGUUUUAUCAAUGUCGUUUACAAAGGAUUGAAAUUA